AUGCAUUUCACGAGCACGGCAGAUCCGAGCAUCCAGGUCAACGCCAGCGAGGCGAUGAGCCGUGGCCUCGCGCCAAACGGCAGGCUGUUCGUCCCGAGCGCCUUCCCACAGUUCUCCCCCGAAGACUUCGACGGGCUCGACACCAUCGCCGAGAUCGGCGCCAGGUUAUUGCGUCCAUUCUUCGAGGGUGAUCCGUUGCAGGAUCGCUUGCUCGAGAUCUGCGAAGAGGCGUUCGACUUCGACAUCCCGCUCGUCGAGCUGACAGAAGACACCUCCGUGCUCGAGCUCUUCCACGGACCCACGGCGGCGUUCAAGGAUAUCGGCGCGAGGUUCCUGGCGAGCAGCCUGAGCCGUAUCAACGAAGGGCACGAGCGCCCGCUGACGAUCCUCGUGGCGACCUCGGGUGAUACGGGCGGCGCGGUCGCCGCGGCGUUCCACGGCAAACCCAACGUCGAGGUCUUUAUCCUCUACCCCAAGGGCCGCGUCAGUCAUCGCCAGGAGCGCCAGUUGACCUGUUGGGAAGGCAACAUCACCACGUUUGCGGUCAACGGGUUCUUCGACGAUUGCCAGAAGAUGGUGAAGUCGGCCUUCGCGCAUGACUGGUGGAAGGAGAACAAGAGGCUCUCGUCGGCAAACAGCAUCAACAUCGGGCGCCUCUUGCCGCAGAUGGUGUAUUACGCGGCGUCCUCGCUGUGGCACUGGAGAAAACAUGGCGAGGCGCCGAGUUAUAUUGUCCCAUCGGGCAACGUCGGCAACAUGUGCGCGUGCGUCUGGGCCAGGGAGUGCGGGUUGCCCAUCGAUCAACUGAUCCUGGCAACCAACGCCAACGCCACCCUCCACGACUACUUUCAAACAGGUUCCUGGGCGCCUCGCCCCACCGUCGAGACGAUCGCCAACGCGAUGGAUGUGGGCAACCCCUCGAACAUGGAGCGGUUGCGGCACCUGUGGCCAGACCUCGAGCAGAUGCGCGAACAUCUGCGCGUGGAGCAGGUGCUCGAUCCUCAAAUCAGGACUCAGAUCAAGCUCGGCGAGCGAGUCUGGGGAGAGGCGAAGCGAGAGGAGCUCGAGCAGGAACUCGCCAACGCGAGGUCGGGCAGCAAGAAGAAGUCGACCUCCAAGUCGACUCCGACGAAGGAAAAGGAAGAGAAGGCUCCUGCGGCGGCCGCACCUGUGAACAACGAAGCUGAAGAAGAGCUUCGCAAGCAGGUCUCCGACAUCAAGACCAAGCUCGACAAGCAGCGUCAGAAGAACCACGACAUCACGCGCGAGCGUGACGAGCUUCGCACCGAGCUCGAGAAGGCGCAGAAGCCAAACAAGGGCGCCAUCGAUCAGGUCGCGCUCGUGGAUCUUCGCAUGGAGCUCUCCGAGGCCAAGGCCGAGGUCGAGCAAUACAAGCUCAAGGUCGCCGAGCUCGAAAAGGGCGGCAAGAAGAGCAAGAAGAAGAAAAAAGAAGAGCCCCCCGCAGAGGUCGUCGAGGAGAAGAAAGAGGCUCCCGUGGCCGCCGCUCCUGCCGAUGGUGAAGCUGUCGAUGUCGACGCGAUCCACGAGGAUUACCGCGACAAGCUCAGGCGCACCGAGGACAAGGCGCGCAAGGAAGAGGAAGAGCUUCGCGACAAGCUCAGGCGGCUCGGACGCGAGGCGGACAACCAGCGCCGCCGCGCAGACAACAACGACAAGGCUUACCGCAUCACGCAGCGCGAGCUCGACGCAGCGCGCGAGCACGUCAACCUCCUCAAGGAGCAGCUCAAGCGCGCCAAGUUUGCCUCGGCCACCGCCACUGCUCCUGUAGAGGAAGUGGAGACCGAAGAGGUCGCGCCAGCAGAAGUGACGCAGGCAGCGACGCCAGAGCCCGCGCUCGAGGAAACCUCCGCGCCUGACUCCGAGGCAACCGUCGAGGUCGAUCCUUCCGACAUGGAAGAAGCCGCCGCUCAGAGCGAGACGGCCGAGGCUCCUGAAGCUGUCGAAGAGGACUCGCAAGAACAGGAACAGGAACAGGAAGAAGAGGCUGAAGAAGCUCCUGCGCAAGCCGAGGCCGCCGAGCCAGAAGAGGCAGCAGAAGAAGCACAGGCUGAAGAGGAAGUCGCUGAGGCCAAAGAGGUUGAAGAGCCUGCUCAGGAAGAAGAGGCUGAAGAAGUCGCCGAGGAAGAGGCGCAGGCCGAGGCAGCCGAGGAAGCUCCUGCCGAGGUCACCGAAGACGCCGAGGUCGCAGAAGAGUCCGAAGAAGCCGUCGAGGAGGCCGCUGAAGAGGUCGCCGAAGCAGCUCCAGAAGAAGAGCCUGAAGGCGCUGCCGCGGAAGAAGAAGAGGAAGAGGAGCCAAAGAAAGUCGCUGACGCUGAACCUGCGGGGCUCGAGGAGUCCUCCUUCAUCGACGAAGCGUGGGCAGACAUCGACAUCGACGACGUGUGA